AUGGCUAACAACAAUUUUUUGCCACCAUCGUUUCACGAUCUCCAAGAGACCAUUUCCUAUCAAUUCAGCAAUUCGCGCUACCUGUUGGAGGCACUUCGAACUGCCGGAGCAGGUUACCAUGGGGCGAACUCACCUAGCGCGAUUGAUGGCAACAAGCGCCUAGCGCACCUAGGCGAAGCUAUCUUGAAGAUGCUUCUGCUUGAGGACUGGUACAUGGCUGGCGCAAAUCGAGAGACGGCCAGCGUGCAGAUUGCAAGAAUUGCAUCCCCAUCGUACCUCUGCCACGUAGCGGACGCGAUGCAGUUACAGCCGUGCAUCUUGACCAAUCCAAGCCAAUGGAAUCAACCACUUUCGCCCAACAUGGUGAGCAAAGCGGUGCAGGCACUGGUCGGCGCUAUUUGGCUCGAUUCGGGACGAAACCUUGACGAACUCCGGCGGGUCCUGCAAGAAGUGCAUUUUUGGGAUGCCGACCAGGUUGCAACUGAGUAG